AUGUUUAUUGAUGACCAGGCGGAACGCGUGAAUCACAUUGAGUCUGAUGACAAUCAUCCUCUAUUUUGGGGGAUGGCCAAGACGUUUUGCGGUCUCGUUGCAAAAAAACUUGGAUCAGCUUGCAAUUUCAUGCUUCAUGAAGGUCGUAGUCGAAGAUUCACAGUCUUUCAAAUUACGUGUUUCACGACUGCCGUUUAG